GUAAAUGUAAAGGAAGAAAAAGAAACCAAAACAAAAACACCAACAAAGUUCGGCAUUUCUGGUUUGGACCUUCUCUGCGGAUUCUGACUGCCUCUUAGUUGUUCUGCUUUGUUUGGUUAGAGAGCUGUCUUUUACGAAAUGGAAGAGAAGAGGAGUGAACUAGAGUUUGAUGAAUUUGAGAAACUCCUUGGUGAGAUACCAAAUGCGACUUCGGGGAAUCCACAUUGUGGGGUAUCUGUUCCGAAGAGGGUGUAUGUGGACGGAAGCUUGUCUCCCCUCCGUGUCAACUCCUCUUACAAAGAGCCUUCAAGUGAGAAGCUGCAAAACAAAGGGAGGUUGGAUGAGGGGAAAAACCUGCUGAACAGAAUUCAAUGCUCACCGACCAAAGGGGUUGUUCAACUUCCAUCAGCGGAAAUGAAUCUUCCUGAUGACCAUUCCUUGACUUCUGCAUUUUCAGAGCUGAGCUUUAAGGAUGUAGUGCCUACGGUGGCCAGGGAAAACCCUCCUUUGGAAAAAUCCUUGCAGAAUUACACCCUGAAAAAACGAGAUUCUAACAUGGAUUCAUCGGUAAUGGUUGUUCCCUCCUUCCGAACACCAAAUAGCGUGCCUUAUGGCUUCUAUGGGGCUGAAAUUACAAAAGUUCACAAUGAAAGUGCAAACUUGUCACGAUUCAAUCCUCAAGAGCUCAAAAGACGCCACAGCAUUGCCAACUGUCAGCCAAUUGAAAGCUUUCCUGCUGCUGUUCCGCUAGAUUAUUCGAUGCAUGGUUUUCCAUUCCUCUCUAAUGUGACCAUUCCUGGGAUGCAGUUUCCAGCAAUGUCUGAUCACCAGCAACUCUUUACGGACACCCAAGCUCAUAUUUCAUACCUAAAUCCACAUCAAACAAACCAACAUCAAAUAAGUUGGAGUAAUAUGGAAGAGGAACAGCGUUAUGGUAUACACCAAUCGUAUCUACAUUUGCAGCAGUUUCCUAAUCAACAGUUGGAAGAUCAUCAUUUGUUGCUCGAAAAUGGAAACAUUGCAACGAGGUUACUAAAAAGGAAUCCAAGGCAGACCCAUUGCAAGGCACCGAUCUCUCACCAAUAUGAACAAUUUAAGCAAAAAUCAUUGUGGAAUGGUUAUGCCCUGCCUGGGGAAUCAAAUCAACUAAAUCCCGCCUACUGUUCCAUUGAAUGCAAUGAUCAAAAGGCUUGGGAGAAAGUGGUGAAACAGAGUUACCACGACCAGAUUUUAGCUAGAUCACACGGAUUGAACAAGAUUGAUGCUGCGAAGUUUGGCCAUGUUGGGGCAAAUGAAUCAUUUGCUCAUGUCGUUCAAAAUGGAAAGGUUCUCCGAAAUGAUAAUUUCUUCCAUAACUCAUCUAAUGCCGGCUGCUAUCAGUUUGAUAGUGAGAGAUCGUGGGAUACUUACCGUGAUAAAAGAGACUUCAAAAGUGCUGAUCUGAAGUAUCUGCCUCUGAAAUAUAACUCUUUGAAUGAGGUCACCGGUCGGAUUUAUCACAUGGCUAAGGACCAACAUGGUUGCCGGUUCUUACAAAGGAAAUUUGUUGAAGGAACCCAAAAAGAGAUUGAGAUGAUUUUUGAGGAAAUUAGAGAUCAUAUUGUUGAGCUAAUGACAGAUCCUUUUGGGAAUUACCUUGUCCAAAAACUGCUUGAAGUGUGUAAUGAGGAUCAGAGGAUGCAAAUACUUGAUUCAAUCACUAGAGAACAGGGGGAACUCAUUAGAAUCUCGUGUGAUAUGCACGGGACUCGAGCCAUUCAAAAGGUUAUUGAAACGCUUAACAGUACAGAGCAGUUUUCCAUGGUUGUUUUCUCACUGGCGCAUGAUACAGUGGCGUUAAUAAAAAACAUGAACGGGAACCAUGUAGCUCAGCGAUGCUUGCAGCAUUUGACGGAUGAACAUAGUCAAUUCCUUUUUGACGCUGCGACUUCCCACUGUGUUGAGCUUGCAAAAGACCGCCAUGGCUGUUGUGUACUUCAAAAAUGCCUUACUUAUUCUGAUGGAGAGCGAAGACGCCGUUUAAUCCAUGAGAUUGCAUCAAAUGCUCUAAUCCUUUCCUAUGAUCAAUAUGGGAACUAUGUUGUGCAAUUCGUGUUUGAGCUUGAGCUUCCAUGGGCAACAACUGAUGUUCUCGAUCAUUUGGAUGGUAGCUAUGGUGAUCUUUCUGUUCAGAAGUAUAGUAGUAAUGUGGUCGAGAAAAUCCUGAAAUUUGCCGGUGAAGAAAAUUGCACUCAUGUUAUUGAGAAGCUUGUAGAAAAUGAGCGACUAGAUCAAAUCAUGCAGGAUCCUUUCGGCAAUUAUGUUAUUCAAGUAGCACUGGAGCAGUCAAAGGGAACUCUUUUUGCUAAACUGAUGGAUGCCAUAAAACUGCGUAUCUCUGCGCUGCGUACCAGUCCAUAUGGGAAGAAAGUCCUCGCUAGCUAUAAUGCGAAGAAAUAAUUUAUCGGUUAAAUGUUUUGACAGAAUGCUGUAAAAUCUGUAGUAAGAAGCUGAAGAAAUGCUUUGAGUUUCAAGCCUUUUGAAGCAUAGAAGUGGAAAUCAGUAAGUUACGCCCGCCUUUUAGCGCUCGUUCAGAACAGGGGAAGUUGAACUUUUUGGUAUCUACUAUCUUUGCAUUAUCUAUUGAUUUAAGUUUUAUUUGGACUACUUAAGAGCAAAUAUCUGAUACGACGCGCCAUUGCUGUGUCUGUAGAUAGGUCCGCUGUUUUUCUUUCUUCUGCAUAGUAUAGUAAUAAGAAAGAAAGAAAGAAAAAAAAAAAGAAAAGAGAGAGAGAGAUGAGAGAUUGAAUUGCUUGAGCUUUUGGGAACAUCAAAUGAUUUUUUUUUUUUUUUGACUAAAUGAAGGUGCAGAUGGUUUAGGUUGUGUUAGGAUUGAGGAGAGGUCUGGACCUCUGUGGCUUUACACAACUGAUGUUGAUUUUAGCAGUGAAUGUAUAU